AUGCGCUGUCCAUCGCUCAGAGCUAUGGAAAAAUCAUUGCCUUUCAAAUGCCAAAAGCUGAAAUUUUCAUCUGAUUCGACUUCGAUUAAUGGGGUCAAUUAUGAAAUUGGAGUGUUUAAUGGAAUGUUCGCACGUUGUCUCCAGCUUACUAGACCUCAUCAUCUCUAUCAGGAUAAGGAACUGCAAAUCUCCUGUGGAGACAACCAUGAAGAAGAAUUGUCAAAGGACCCUAAUUUAUGGGACGAUUACAUGAACUUUUUGAAGUUGGAAGUCAUCGAUGAUGAUAGUGAAUAA